GGCUUUUAACAUGUAGAAUAAUCUAGGUGAAUUUUGAAGGAGCCGCUGAAUAUGUAUGAGAAGAGAGAGAAUAUGAAUAUAUGGGGGAAACCGCAGAGAGGCAAAAGAAGGAAUGAGGCCUGAGAGAAAGCAGAGCCCUAAAGGAGACCUCCGGGAUGAUGGCAUGAACGUGCUUGGACGGAGACAGGGAAACAGGAAGGGGAGAAACCAGGAGAAGAUCUGGGAGAGAAAUAAAGAGGCCGCGAGUUGCUGAGCCAGGCAGCCGGUGGAGCAGGCAGAUGGGACAACAGAGUCAGAGAAGCCAGCCACAGCGCGGGCACACGGCGAGCCUGGCAGCCGAGCCCUGUGGAUUCCAUGGGAGCAGAUGCUUCUGUGGGAGCAGCAGCUGAUGGCCCUAGGCACGUGCGCCCUCGUUGACUGCAGGCCCAGAGCAGCGUCCUCGGCAGCCAGCCUUAGCCUGGAGGAGCCGCGCGCGGGUCCAGAGAGGCAGACGCACGACAGCCUGUGCCCCGUGGGGGCUCCAUUGCUUCCCCUCCAUCCUCCUGCAGGCUCCGCCCACCCCUCCGUCUGCGUCCUGAGGCCUGUGAAUCCCAGGGAAGCCAUGAGCUGCUACAUCACGCCGGAAGGAAGCGGGCUGCGUUGGAGGGGUUGCUUUAUAGAGGCGGUGAAUCUCAAGUCUAGCAACCGAAACCCAGUGGUACAGGAAUUUGAAAGUGUGGAACUGUCUUGUAUCAUUACGGAUUCGCAGACAAAUGACCCUAGGAUUGAAUGGAAGAAAAUUCAAGAUGACCAAACCACAUAUGUGUUUUUUGACAACAAAAUUCAGGGAGACUUGGCAGGUCGUGCAGAACUAUUGGGGAAAACUUCCCUGAAGAUCUGGAAUGUGACACGGAGAGACUCAGCCCUCUAUCGCUGUGAGGUGGUUGCUCGAAAUGAUCGCAAAGAAAUAGAUGAAAUUGUCAUUGAGUUAACUGUGCAAGUGAAGCCAGUUACCCCGACGUGCAGGGUACCAAAGGCCGUACCCGUGGGCAAGACAGCAACGCUGCACUGCCAGGAGAGUGAGGGCUCCCCACGGCCUCACUACAGCUGGUAUCGCAACGACGUGCCGCUGCCAACGGAUUCCAGAGCCAACCCCAGAUUUCGAAAUUCCUCGUUCCUCUUAAACUCUGAAACGGGCACUCUGGUUUUCAGUGCUGUUCACAAGGAGGACUCGGGGCAGUAUUACUGUAUUGCUUCCAAUGACGCAGGCUCUGCCAGGUGCGCGGAGCAGGAGAUGGAAGUCUAUGAUCUGAACAUUGGCGGUAUAAUUGGUGGGGUCCUGGUUGUCCUUGCUGUACUGGCCCUGAUUACUUUGGGUAUCUGCUGUGCAUACAGACGUGGCUACUUCAUCAACAAUAAACAGGAUGGAGAAAGUUACAAGAACCCAGGGAAAUCAGAUGGAGUUAACUAUAUCAGGACAGAUGAGGAGGGUGACUUCAGACACAAGUCGUCGUUUGUGAUCUGAGACUUGGUGUGGCUGAGAACAUGCAAAUACCUCUGCUAGAAACUUCUGUCAAGGGCUGCCAUGAGCCGCGUGUACUUGGACAAAGCUAGACACUCAUGCAGAAGCUUUUAGUUUUGGGCAAAGUUGACCACUACUUCUUUCUUACUCUUUAACCACAUGAAUAAAAGAAUUUUCCUCAAAAUGGACAGUAACCACAGAGAAGAAACUGAAAGUGUUCACUGAAUUGGAUUCCUGGCCUAUUGCUGGCCCGGAUCCCACACAGUAUUAGGCUGAUGUUACGGAUCUUGCUCAUACACACUCUGCUGUGCUGGGCACUGUGGACCUGGGAAGCCAGUUGAUCUGCUGACUGUUCAUCAGCCAGGCUGAGCACCGUAUGAGGUGAGGCGGUAUCUGGGUAGCCCCCGAACGUGAAUUAUAGUAGUGAAUCCAGAAAAGACUUUUCACACAGUGACCCGGUUCAUUGGCCCACUGACCCCACUGCACAGUUAGUUCUUAAAGGCUCUGUUGAUUGGUGUUGUAGUGUCCAUCCUGGGGAAUCUUUUUGGAUCAGCAUUUUAUAAAAACAACCAAAAUCAGCAAGGUAAAUUGCUUGCUGGAAGAGGGAUCUUCUUACCUGAGGAACCCUGCUUAUCUAAGAGGGUAUCAAGAUUUCAGGAAAACCCUUACUUUAGGCUAAGUCAGAAAUGGUACUAAAAUAGCUUUUCUAUGGGGUCUUGUUUAUUUUAUAACAUUUUACAUUCUAAAUUUUUGCUAAGGAUGUAUUUUGAUUAUUGAAAAGUU